CACCUCUCGGGGGAUUAAUUCUAGAAGGAAUUGGAAGGGUUCCGUGUAAAUAAAGCUUACCUAAUUGGUCGGCGCGGUUUCCCGGCGCCCAAGAAAUAAUAGGUCGGAACUCGGUUGGAAGGCUAUAUAGCCAGGUUGUUGGAGAGAGGAACAAACAAUUGACAUCUGAAGGAGGAGGAAAUGGAAAUGGCAUCCGAGGUUGAAUUGAAGCAGAAAUUGCAGGAUUUGCAGAAACAGCUGGGGAAGAAACAAUUGUUCGAGGAGGCCGUCUCCUCCAUCCAUUCCCUCCUGAGACAAUGCUAUGCUUCUGCUUCCCCAUCGCUCCGCAAAUUGUUUUACUCUGUUGUAUGCCGGGUUGGAACUAUUCUGAAGACAAGAUAUACUACUCGGGGAUUCUGGAUUGCUGGGUUAGGGCUCUUCACGGAGUUUGAAAAACUAGCAUCUGAAUCAUCUGAAAGGGAACGCUUACAGAGUUUCAUUGCUCAAGCCCGUGAACAGCUUGGUGAAGUUGAGAAUAUCUCCCAAGUUCAGGAAUCUGCACAAAAUCGUUCUGGUGGAGGAUUUCUCUUUGAGGGGCACUUAACUGUGGAUCAUGAGCCCCCACAGCCUGAAUGGCUGAUACAGUCAAAUCUCUUAUCAACUGUUGCGACGCUCCUUACGGCUGAAUCAUCUCAAGGGCAUAGUGAUAAUCGUAACACAUCAGAAGGUGCAGCCAACAUGAUUCAAGAGCUUAUGGACAGAUUGGAUAAUGCUGUGCCCAUGAUUCUGGAAAAUGAUCCUGUUGCUCCAAGAGCACCGCCUGCCAGCAAAGAAGUGGUUGCGAAGCUUCCGGUUAUCGACAUUACAGAAGAAAUCUUGGUCAAGCUAGGACUGGAGGCAGAGUGUUCCAUUUGCAAGGAGAACUUGGUCAUAGGUGACAGGAUGCAGGAGCUGCCUUGCAAGCAUAAAUACCAUCCCCCAUGCCUUAAGCCCUGGCUGGAUGAGCACAACUCGUGUCCUAUUUGCCGGCAUGAACUACAAACUGAUGAUCAUAACUAUGAAAGUUGGAAGGAGCGGGAGAAAGAGGCCGAAGAAGAGAGGAAAGGGGCUGCCAAUGCCAUUCGUGGGGGAGAAUAUAUGUAUGUUUAGUUACAGCAACUUGCUCAUUUUCGUCUCGUGCCUCUCCCGUUACCUGAAAUGCUGAACUUUGUAAAUACCCGAAAUUCAUGUUCCUCCCAGUUUUACAUUUGUCAUUGGCUUUUGCUGAGUAAAGAGGUUGAAACUUACUGAUCAUAUCAUUAUGAAUUGACACUCAUGUUGAUGAUUACAAUGGUACUAUUGGCAAUUUUAUUAUAUUUCAUUUCA